GAAGAAGAAGAAGAAGAAGACGAAGAAGAAGAAGAAGAAGAAGAAGAAGAAGAAGAAGAAGAAGAAGAAGAGCCUCCUACCAACUGACAGAAAACAAUAUGGCGGCCGGCCGGAAACAAACGUUUUGGAAUUACAUUUAAACGACAAGCACGCUGACACUGCACACUGGGCAGGAGGAGCAUGUAAAGUGAGAUCCACAUCGCCUGAUACCACAAGGACACAUCCAGACUGGGAGCAUCAAUAACAGAUUCUACCUCAGCUGGAGAGAUGGCUGCUGAGGACUCUACAGCCAAAUCAUCAAAAAACAUUCUGCCUGUACAAAUAAUUCCAUCUGAAAUGGAAAAUGGUCCAUCGGAGGGGUCCAGAAGGUGAAGUCCAACACUGCCCCCACCAGGAGUUCCCAGCAGGGUUCUGGGAUCACACAUCAAGGUCUGUCGCUGGCCCUCGACCCCUGCUGAGGCCUCUGUGACGGGGAGGAGCCAAGAUUGAGUGGGCCGGAGGAGACAACACACCAUAGCUGUGUGCAACUGCACAGUGGAUGUGCACCAGCUGCCUGAGGUGACCCUUGCAGUGCCAAACUGAGACUUUGUAGGGGAUGGAGAGGCUUAAUCAAUUAAAUCCAGAAGGCUGCAGCCUGACAGCACAACAGAAAGGGGAGCAGGCACACGGUGCAGCACACCAAGGGUGAGUCUUACUGAAGAGUUUGAGAACGGACCAGAACUGACUCUCAGCGUAACUGGACCCCCGAGACAACAGCACUGAACAUGGCCUCAAUUCUGCAGAAGCUGAUCACCCCACUGUUCAGUGGUCCUCCUGAGCCCCCGAGGAAUAAAGUGACAGUGGUAGGCGUGGGCCAGGUUGGCAUGGCCUGUGCUGUUAGCAUCCUGCUCAGGGAGCUGGCUGAUGAACUGGCCCUAGUGGAUGUGAUGGAGGACAAGCUGAAAGGAGAGAUGAUGGACCUGCAGCACGGCAGCCUCUUCCUAAAAACUCCCAAAAUAGUCGCAGACAAAGACUACUCUGUGACAGCAAACUCCCGCAUCGUGGUGGUGACAGCCGGAGUCCGCCAGCAGGAGGGAGAGAGCAGGCUGAACCUCGUCCAGAGAAACGUCAACAUUUUUAAACACAUCGUCCCUCAGAUUGUCCGAUACAGCCCUGACUGCACCAUCAUUGUGGUUUCUAACCCAGUUGAUGUGCUGACUUAUGUAACCUGGAAACUGAGCGGCCUUCCCCAGCACCGCGUCAUCGGCAGCGGCACCAACUUGGACUCAGCGCGCUUCCGCUACCUGAUGGCCGAUAAACUGGGAAUCCACCCCAGCAGCUUCAACGGCUGGAUCCUGGGAGAACACGGAGACACCAGUGUGCCUGUGUGGAGCGGAACAAACGUGGCUGGAGUCAACCUGCAGACGUUAAACCCAGACAUCGGCACCGACUGUGACGAGGAGAACUGGAUGGAAACACACAAGAUGGUGGUGAACAGUGCCUACGAGGUGAUCAAACUGAAGGGUUACACCAACUGGGCCAUCGGUCUGAGUGUAGCCGACCUGACUGAGAGUCUCAUCAGGAACAUGAACAGGAUUCAUCCGGUUUCCACCAUGGUGAAGGGCAUGUACGGGAUCAGCGAGGAGGUGUACCUGAGUCUGCCCUGCGUGCUGAACAACGGAGGCGUGGCCAGCGUGAUCAACAUGACCCUGACAGACGACGAGGUGGCCCAACUGCAGGCCAGUGCCAACACGCUGUGGGACAUCCAGAGGGACCUGCGGGACAUCUAACUGAACAGCAGAGGGCGACGUAGCUGUACCCUCCUGACGUAUUAUCACUCUGCAGUCACUAAACACCACACAGCUCCACCUUCCACACCUCCAACCCACUGCCCUCUGUAGAUUCACAGGCGUACUGGAGUUUAAUCCCGGCAGAUUUAGCUGUAGGUGUCAGUUUGUGACACCGUCUGAGUGAAAUGCUGCUCUGACUCAUUUGUCCUCAGCUGUGUUGCAGUGUGAGGCCGUGUGUCACUCGUGUUGCUUCGGUGUGCAAUAAAGCAAGUUUGUUGUUGCUUGAA